GUCCCAGUCCUUGCAGAGAGGAGUGGCCAAUAAUAAAAAAAAAAAAAAAAAAAAAAACGCGAAUAACAGUAGAGGGGGUUUUAGGGCAUUCAUUCAAAUAAUAUCUGAAAAUCUAGGGCUUACCUUUCUUCAUCAAAUUUGCAAAUUCUAAUGGAUCCUCAAGACCAACAAGAUACCCUUCCUGGAGAAGAAACUAACAACUUCCACUCUCAUGACGAUAAGUCUCAUUCUCACUCUGGAGAUGGAGCUAGUCCCGGAAAAAUUUUUAUCGGAGGUUUAGCUAGAGAGACUACUACAGCACAAUUUGUUAAGCAUUUUGGUAAAUAUGGUGAAAUUACUGAUUCUGUUAUAAUGAAGGACCGAAAGACUGGCCAACCUCGUGGAUUUGGGUUUGUUACCUAUGCUGAUCCUUCUGUUGUUGAUCAAGUUAUUCAGGACUCCCAUGUUAUUAAUGGCAAACAAGUGGAAAUCAAAAGAACAAUACCAAAGGGAGCUAUAGGAGCUAGGGAUUUCAAGACAAAAAAGAUUUUUGUAGGUGGAAUUCCCACUACUGUGACUGAAGUCGAGUUCAAGGAAUUCUUUAUGCAAUAUGGUGAGGUCAUUGAACACCAGAUAAUGCGUGAUCACUCCACCAAUCGCUCACGUGGCUUUGGUUUUAUUACAUUUGACACGGAGCAGGCAGUAGAUGAUCUUUUGGCUAAGGGGAAUAAGCUUGAGUUGGCUGGAGGCCAGGUUGAGAUCAAGAAGGCAGAGCCAAAGAAGCCUAACCCCCCACUACCUUCUUCUAAGCGUUAUAAUGAUUCAAGGCCUGGAUUUGGUGAUGCGUAUGAUGGAUUUGGAGGCAGUGGCUUUGGUGGUGGUGGUGGUGGUGGUGGUGCUUAUAGGUCUGGUGGGCCCUAUGGAAGUAGAUCUGGUACUUAUGGUGGAUAUGGGGGAGGUGAAUUUGGUGGAUAUGGAGGAUAUGGAGGUGGUGGUAUUGGGGCUUACAGAGGGGAGCCCUCCUUUGGAUAUUCUGGCCGGUAUGGAGGUAGCUUUAGCAGGGGUUAUGACUUAGGAGGUGGUUAUGGUGGCCCGGGAGAAGGCUAUGGUGGGUAUGGUAGUGGUGGAGGAUCUGGCGGUGGCUACGGAGGUAGCUAUGACUCUAGUCUUGGGGGUGGUUAUGGAGGAAGCAGCGGGGGUUCCUACUAUGGAAGUAGAGGGGGAUAUGGAGGUGCCGGUAGCGGUAGAUACCAUCCCUACGGGAGGUAGAAGGGGUGCAGUAGGAAUUAUUUUUGGUUUUGGGAUUAUAAAGUGUAACGGCUAAGUGAAGUUGUCACCGUUGUAUUUGAGCUCUAGCUAGUUGUUAAUUCAGUUAGGUUUCUAUAACUUUGGCAAGCUGGUUCCUUUCCUCUGGACAUUUUUUUUUUUAAUUGAAUGUUGAAUCAUUUCUUAUUCUCAUGUUUUACCAAGACUAGGAUAUCUAGGGCAUCUUGAAUUCCUUUCUUCUCUCUCUCUUUUUUUUUUUUUUUUUUUUUUUUAUAAAUUUCUAGACUUUGAUCUGAGUAGCACUCAUGGAUUACAAAUUGUGAUGUACCCCUCUCAUUAUCAAAGACACCUGGAAAUACAGAUUGGGAGUUGCCCAUUUUUUAAUUCUCAUUUCCUUUCCUUGUUUAAUAUUUAGAGCCCUUAGCAGUCUUGGUGGUGAUUUAGUUCAUCAGAUUAUACUUACAUGCCAUUUCAUCAAAUGGCUUAUGUUAUCUAACCCCUACGAAUGUACUAAAAGAUAUUCAUGAUUAAUAUAGAUUUUAAUGUAUUAAAUAAGGUUUAUUGUGACAAUUGGAGUAGAUUUAAUCGGCACUUUUACUUAUAAAAAUUGUAUAAAUUCAUUAUUUUUACUAAAUAGCCUAACAAUUUAUUUCAAAAAAAAACCUAAACAAUAAAAUGAAAACAGACAGUUAAAGAAAACACAAUUAGCAAAGAAAAUAUUGAACUUGAAAGAUUUUCUUUUUCCAGGAAAACUUAAAAGACUGUUAAGGCUAUUUUUUCAGUUUUGUUGAAAAUAAUACAACCGAAGAAAAUUUUGUUAAAAAUAUAAAAAUGCUUAGAGUUAUAAUCUCUUUUUUAAGGGAAAAAAAGAUCUGAUAAAGUUCUGGCUUUCCUUCUCCCUUCUUUUCCAGUCUCAUAUUCACACAUUACAAAGAAAAAGCCACACUGAAAGAAGGAUAGAGAGAAAUAGAGAGAAAUGGCAAUGGCGUCGCUAAAUCUUGGAUCAUGUAAGAAGGUGCGACAGUCUUCAUUUCUUAGGAGGUUUUUCUUUAGAACAUCAGGUUUGCAUGUAUCGUGCAGAAAAAAAGAAAGAGAGAAAGAUCAGUCUCACCCUUAUAAAGUCAUUGAGAUUACUCCUCCUCCCAGGAACCUUGGCAUCCGCUGCUUUCCUUCUCAUACCAAAGAAGAAAGGUUCCAGUCUACACAAUUGAUCAUUUUCUGCUUCUUUCCAUCUUCCAAAGGCCAUUAGCCAAUCCUAAAAUGAAUUACCGGGCAUACAAGUUUUGAAACUGGAAACAGAACUUGCAAUGUGGGGAAAGUGUGACUAUUGAAGGUCAAGCAUAUACCAUUUCAGCUGUAACUCAUAGGUAUCAGCUUCGGAAGGGGAAGUAUGAACCCAGGGAGAAGAGGCUUGAUGUUUUAUCCACAGGAAGAUACAUCUUGAACUUAUAUUUAGAAAACUUACUUGAACAAUCUUGACAUUUUAACCCUAAUGCCAAUUUGCAAUUAUUAUCA